AUGCCUUCGUCAUCACAAGCCUCCGGCACGACAGUGCGGAGCGCAGCGUCCGAAAAGCGCAAGGACCCGCCCAAUGCUGCGCCACCGUCGUCUUCGGAUGACGAGUAUGUCCUCUCCAUGCCCGCUCCCCCCUCUUCCGCCGCGGCAGCCACGGCGACGAGCAGCUCGGAAGCCACGACGCCAGACGCCGGAACGGCAAGCAAGAAGCCCAAGCUCGCUCCCAUCUUCAACAUGGGCAAGACUUCGACGACGACGACGAGCAGCGGCGUCCCCGGCGAUGGCGCAGGUCCGUCAUCUGCGGCGGGACAGUUCAACUGGCACGAACCCCUCGGCCCGGCCAAGUCGUGCCUGCACGCCUCGUUCCGCUCCCCGAAGCCCUCGACCAAACUCGCCCUGUUCGACCUCGACGGCACGCUCGUCCGCCCGAAAUCGAACAAGCAGUUCCCAUCGGCCAGGGACGAGUACGACUUCAAGUUCUGCUUCCAGAAUGUCGUGUCCAAGGUCCAGCAGGCGCACGGCGAGGGGUACGCCAUCGUCGUCGUGAGCAACCAGAAACAGACACAGUACUCGGGCAGCGUCAAGCUCGAGACGUGGCGCAAGAAGGUCGUGCACGUCGCCCGCGCCCUCGACGUGCCGCUGCGCAUCUUUGCCGCCCUCGCCGACGACCAGUACCGCAAGCCGCGUCUCGGCAUCUGGACGGAGCUCCAGGAGCGCUUCAACGGCGGCCUCGCUCCCGACCUCGCCAGCUCUUACUACGUUGGAGACGCCGCCGGUCGCAAGUCGAUGACCGCCAAAGACCACAACGAUACGGACUACAAGUGGGCGCUCAACGCCGGUCUGCGAUUCCUCACGCCCGAGCAGUUCUUCGUCGACGCCAAGGAGCAGCUUGCCAUACCGGCGCGGCCGUGGGAGGCCAAGCCGAGCAGCCUCGAGCGGCUACCCAUCUUUGGCGGGUCCGGGCCCGAGGCCGAUUUGAGCGACGCCGUCUUCCAUCCAUCCGACACGCCACUCGUGCCCGCCGACCGACAUACCGAGGUGAUUCUCUUCGUCGGCCCACCCGCGAGCGGCAAGACGGCCUUUUUCCGGCGACACCUCGAUCCCGCCGGCUACAUCUGGAUCAACCAGGACACGCUCAAAACGCGCGACAAGUGCGUUGCGGCGGUCAGGGAGUGCAUCGCGGAGGGGAAGAGCUGCGUCGUCGACAACACGAAUCGGGACAAGGCGACAAGGAGGCACUACAUAGCGCUGGCGCAAGCAUCCUCAAUACCGAUUCGCGCUUUCUUUUUCGACGUUGCGAAGGCAACGUGCCAACACAACAACCAGUUCCGGGCCAUGGGCGCUGGCCCAAUCGACGAGCCGCGGAGGGACGUGGUGCCACCCUCGGCCAUCGAGGCCUUCUUUCGCGACGUCCAGCCGCCCAAGAUCGACGAGGGCUUCGCAGAGGAGCCCAAGCGCAUCCGCUGGAAUUUUGAGGGCGACGAGGAGCUGCGAAGCCGGUACGAGCGGUACUACCUCUGA